UGUGACAUUCAGGUCAAAGGUACAGAGCAUGAUACUCUGAGCUAUGUGCGCUACGACAGCAGCAGCCCUUCUUUUGUCUCGUUCAAUACUACCACCACUGCAAGCUACAACGGAACGGGAAGUUUCUCGAUAACCGCGUAUUGUCAAGGUCAACCUGGCGGUCCAUGGCCAAGCUUGAACUUGGGAUUCAACAAUGUCAGGUUGCUAGCUGCUUACGACCCUACAGAUGUGGGUGCAGCUGAGAUUUGUGGCUUCAAAGGAGCCAGAGAUACUAUUCAGUCGGCCACGUUGCAGCCUUACUGCUCUUCGCUUUUGUCGUACACCACACCAACGACGACCUUGACCGAAGUCAUCAGCACUACAACCACAUCGACAAUGACUGUCAACUUCGCCAAGCGUAGACGAGGUAUAGUCACUGCCGCACCUGAAAUUGCAACAAGGUCGUUGAGGCCUCGACAGCUCGAUGUACCAGCCAACGAUACAACGACAGCUUCGACUAUUAUGAGUACCGGAUCGGUAAACCCUCUUGCCACCUUCGCUCCGCAGGAUGUCACCGAUGCUUGCAGCGUCGAAGCCAUGCCUGUGUCUACCACCAUCACCGAAACAACAUCAACCACAACUACCAUCACUGCAUAUGCAACCCAGACGAGGACACCAAAGCUCUUCGUUCUCGCCAGUUCAGGCAAUCAAGCCUUGUAUGUCAGCCGUGAGGGCUCAGGCGCUGUUUUAUUCAUCACAGACAUCAACGCCGCCCAUGUCUUCUAUAUCGAUGGUUCCGGUGCUCUUCGCUCAUGGCAAGAUCCUUCAAUGACCCUCGUUGAUCACUACGAGCCCAAUUCCGGCACGGCAGAUAACAGGAUCUAUAUCGAGGCUCCUUCUUCGGCAUCAUAUUCCUUGUCUUGUUACUACAAGGGACCCAACGCCGGAGAUUACUACGGCACUUGCCAGAGCUCUGGACCGCCCAACGGCAAUCCUGUUGUCUAUGGGUUUGGCUGGUGUCCUAACACGAACGCAUUAUACAUGAUACCCAACAGCUCGAAUGUCAGAUGUGGAGGUGGUUAUGCUUUCGCGGGCUUCUUCCUU